GUUGAAAGUUCACCGACGUCUGAAAACAGGAGACACGUGCAGAUUGAAACGUCACCUGUGCAGAAGGAGCACCGGCUGCAGCGAUGGCUGCCAUCUACUCGGGUAUCCAUCUGAAGUUGAAGAGUCCUCAGACUCCCUGGGAGGACAAGUUAAAGCUCGCACGUUUUGCUUGGAUCUCCGCUCAGUGUCUGCUGCCCAACAAGGAACAGGUGCUGUUGGACUGGUGCACUCACGCGCUGACGGGCCGCUACAGUCAGAAAGUGGAGUUUUCACAGAAUGUUCUGGAAGGACUCUGGUGUUACCUUGACGAUCUGCUUCACAGCCGCAAGCUCCAUUCGCUUCUCAAGCAGGGCAAGACCGUCAGCCUGAGGCUCAACAUGGCUCAGCUGCUGCUUGACCGUCUCCAAGAGUGUGCAUGUGCCGGCUCUAAGUCUCCGGUGUGUGUGUCCACCAUACUGAGUGUGUGUCAGGGCCUUCUCUCUUCUCCUGCGCUCUCAUCUGUCUUCACCACCAAGUAUGAACUCAUGGUCGAUCUCCUGGCAAAGCUCUGCUCACUGGCCAGCCGGGAGUUACAACAGCCAAAACCCCUCCUGAAUGAGGCUGUCGCAUGUCAGGAUGAGGUGAUGACGGAGUGUUUACAAACUCAGCCGACUGAAGCUGCGGACGGUUCACAGACUGAGCCCGAUCAGCCAGGGUUAGAUGCUGAGAAAUCCUCUCUGAAGCUAAAGGAAAACAAUCAUGCAGCUAAACUGUUUGAGGUGUUGCUUCAGGUGCUGUCGUGUUAUUUGUCAGUUCAACGACAACAAGCCAAUCCUAACAGAGUCUUUACCAUGGUAACCAACCAGCUCAUCCAGCCGUUAGUGCUGCUCAGACACCUGCUGACCUCAGGGGAAUUCGCCCCCUCUCAUCUGUGCCUCCGUCAGCAGCUGUCGAGAGACAUCCGCACCAAGAUCGACUCCAUCCUUCAGUUGGCUCUCUUCCCCUCUGAGCAUCUGACGUCCUACAAGGAGGAGCUCCUUCCAUCCAAAGAGGAGUCUGGGAAACGUGGUCCUGGGGGGGCGAAAGGCCCCUUGAAGCCAGUCAGUGCCAUACUCUCCAAACUGAAUGCUCAGGGCUACUGUGAGCCGGGCCUGCACUACACUGUGAGGUCAAACACGCUGUCUCUGCUGUUCAAGUUCUUUCUGGAAAGCUACGCAAAAGGGAGAGGCGAAAGUGAGGAGCCGCACAGGAUGCUGUGUUUCUAUUUCCUCUCCAGACUGGUCCCGGCCUUGGACAUCUGUCUCGAUGGACACUCGCUUUCACCUGCCAAAGCGGACCAGCCAGAGUCGUGUGGGCAGAAGUCUCCUCCAGCCUCCCUCAGUUCCCCACAGAGCUGGAGCCUGGCUCUGCUGGCUGUGGAGGCCCUGCUCAGCCAGGCUCUGUCCGCUGAUAUUUAUAAUGUAGCAGCAGACAGGAUCAGACACAAAGAGGUCCAACUCAAAUUUUACAGAGCUCUGGUACAAAUGCUCUUCAACCAGGCCCAGCCAAGCAUCCCAGCAUGGUACCGCUGUUUAAAGGUGCUGUUGAGUCUCAACCAUCUGAUUCUUGAACCGGACCUGGACCAGCUGUGUUCUUCUGCCUGGAUUAACUCUGAAUGCAUGGAAGCUCGAGUGCAACGGGCCAGACAGCUGAUGGUGUGCAGUCUCCUCCAGACGUACACUAAGCUCCGUCAGCUGCCUCGCCUCUUCUCUGAGCUCCUGGCUGUGAUCUGUCAGCCCGCACUGGACAAACUCCGACCUCCUCUGCUGUCUGAGGGCGUCUCCGCCUCCCUCAGCACUUGUCUUCUUGAUGCUCCCACUUCUCAGAGCCUAGAGAUCUGCUCGUUGGUGUUGGACAGCAUCAGGAGAUAUAUACUACCUGACCUGGUGCAGGAGGAAAGAGAGGCAGAGAGGAUGGAGAUUGAUGGGGGGAAUAAAAAAAUAAAGGUGCACCAAGAAAAAGAAGAUGCAUCUUGGAAGCUGUUCUCCCUCAGCCAACUGCUUCAUGUUGUUAUGUUUAGUGUGAAGACUUUAGAUAAUGCCUCUCCUCUUCCUAUACUUAGGCAGAGUCAGGGCCUGAUGGAGGAGAUGCAAAAGGUAGUCAAGGAGUUACUGCACCUGUCAGCAGAGAAGAAAGCUGUAAAAGCAAGCUCAGUUCAAAAGACCUCAAAGAAAGGCAAAAAGAAUGUGGACCACAAAGAGUCAGAGAAGGUUUCAGAGACUAAAAUAGGAGCGCUGUGGGAGCAGAAGACCCAGGAGGCCGCUCUCCUCCUCAGAUACACCUGGGUGGAAGUCGACACGCUUUUUAAUAUCCACUGCAGCAAAUACACAUCUCUUGACUUGACCCAAACAGCAGCUGCCAGUCAGACUGAAGAUCUUGCUCCAGUCCUCAUCCAAAUGGAAAGACUCCUCUCUGGUGAGAUCGUUCCAGCAUCUUUGCAACCAUCCUGCAGGCCCAUGAGCUGUUUGCUGCUCAAACUCCUCACUUUGCAACAGAUGAAGAAUGUUUUGUUAGAUCCGACUUUACUUUCUGACCGCAGCACCCCAGGACUGCUGAACAGAGCAGCCCAGUUUAUUUUAGCUAAAUCAGAGUUGCGUCUGGAUGGAGAGCAGGUAUGGGACGGGCAGAUAUCGAGUGUGAACGCCAGCUCAUACCUUGUAGCACACUGGUAUCUUGUCACAUCCAAUCUGCCUUUGAUAGCUCCCUACCUGAGCGGAGAAGACAUGGGCAGCAUAGCAGAUGUACUUGUCAGUUCAGUCCUCAGCAGACAGAACGACGCAGGAAAGGACCGGCUGCCCGGCUGUCUGACUGUCUCUCUCAUAUCUUCACAACUUCUUCAAAGCGCCGUUCUCGCUGAGUUGCCUUCGCUGUUCUCUGCCACAGUUUGUUCCAUCACACAAAGGAUUGUUGGUGUCCUCAAGGCAGCUCACGCAACCAAGGUGUGUGCUACGCUCCUGAAGCUUCAGGAGAAUGGAGAUGCCAGCCAGCCUCUGUCCACACUUGUGAAAAAAGAGACUAUAGUUGAGGAUAUAUUGGCAUCUUCAAAGACUGGAGAGGCGUCUUUGUUGCUGACUGUCACGCAAAGCAAGGAGCUGGUAAACCUACUCCAAAUCAUAACAAACCUAAACCCAGAUGGGAUGAACUCAGAAGAUCUCUCCUCUACUUUCCUCCUCCUCCUCUUCAUGCUCACCUCCACCUCCGGUCAGUCAGAGCAGACGGCUCCUGAGUCCGGAGGUGAUGCUAUCUUCCAGGUGAAACUGCUCAGGAUUUUGACUUGUCUCCUGGAGGGUAAAAAUUUCCAAAGUGUUUUGAAGCUCAUCCAUGGUGGCACUCUGCUGCAGGCCUGUGUGUCCUCCCUACUUCAGAGUAGUAACAUUGGAGGAUUUCAAACCACAAGCAGCUCUGAUUGGAUGGAUUUAAUCAAAGCGGUGCAGGGAUUCAUCAGAACCCUGGUCCAGUUGAUUAUAAGCAGAAACAGCAGCGUUCGACUCAACCUAGACCAGUUUGCCUCCUAUCUUACCAGUAAGGAAAUGGCACCUAGUCCAGCAGGAGCGACCAUUUCGUCUGUUCAUCUCCUGCUGGCAUCGCUGACCUCGUUUUCCCAGGUGAUGACCUCUAACUUGGGAAGGAGUAAACCAAUGGAUCAAACUCUGACUCAGAUGCUCACAAGAACGACAGCCUCAUUGGGAGCAGCUGUUGAGUCCGUCCUAAAGCCCCAGACUGUCAGUCAAUCAGCCAUCCAGCCAGCCAGCGUCCUCGGUCAAGCCUUCGUAGUAGAAGUUGUUACUGUCAUGCUGCAGUGUGAACUGUCCUCGCUGCCAAUGGAGGAUGAGCAGAAUGACACCCGGCUCACCCUCAGUCAUAUGAGCCUCUAUCACGGCUUCUGCCAACAGAUCCUCAAAGAAAUAAUUUGUGCCCACAGGCCGAUGGACUUCCUAGUUUCCUCUCUCCAUUUCCUGUCCGCUUUCUACAAAGCAGCAGAGAAGACGAGAGGAGAGACAGUGGAGGAGCAAGGUCAGGAGACAAAGAGCGGAGAGAAGCUGGAUCAGCUGUACAUGCAAAUUCUGCAGUGUGUGCACACACUGCUGACAGCCUCUUGGCUUUCUGCAGAUGAUGUUUAUGAGCUGGAGCCAGCUGUGCAGGAGCUGCUGCGCCACCUGCUGGAGAAAAGUACGAUGGGUCGGUUCAACCUGCUGCUGUUGCUGAUCAGAGAGAGACUGGACACGGGCAAGCUGAGGGCAGGAAACUACAGGGAGGUGCUAUCUGCAGUAAUCAUCAUUAAGCUGCUUUCCUGUUGUCAGAUACCUGAGCCGUGCUCUAAAGCUCUGUGGCUCAUUGCACCACAGAUUCUAUCUGCUAUGGUGUUCUUGGUAAAGUCAUCCACUGAAGAUGUCUCUUUGACUCUUCCCUUUACCAUUCCUACGGUGAUGUCGAUGACAUCACUGCUGCGUCAGGGGGAGGGGCUCAUCACCAACCCUCAUCAUGUGAUUGUGGUCCUCGGUGCGCUCCAGUCGGUGUCCCUCGACCAUUUGACCCCACCCGUCUACCAGUCAGCGUUCCUGGCUGUUCAUGAGGCGCUGUUUGCCAUCAUCCAGUGUCAUCCUCAGGUGAUGUUGAGUGCAGCGCCGUCAUUCUUAAAUGUCUUCUAUCGUCUGGUGGCGUCCAUCAUGCAGGAGGGUCGGCAGAGAGGAGACAGUGACACAGACGGUGACGUAUACCUCCAGUGCUCCAGACUGAUAGAGAGGAUGUACUCUCACAUCGCUGCUACCGCUGAGAGCUUCACCACGCUGUCGGCCUUCAUGGUGGCUCAGUACGUCACGGAGCUGCAGAAGGUUACUCUGCGGCCAGAUGUCAAGUUGCAUCUAACGGAGGGGAUCUAUCGGAUACUGGACCUGUGCAUGGAGCAGGAUAUUAAGUUUCUGACAGCCGGACUGCAGAUGGGAGUCAGAGAAGUGUUUAAUGAGCUGUACAGCAGCUACACCCACUACCACAAAGCACAGAGGCAAGGGGAGGACAAGUACACGGUUUGAGCUGUCACAGCAAGCACUCUCAACCUCUACACUUCAAUUUAAUUAAAUUCAAAUGUUCUUGCUAUAAAAAGACUAUGUAUAUAUGUAAUUAUUUAAAAUUUUAAAUGGGAAAUGCGACCUAACAGCUUAUGGAUACCAUCCAAUGUUAAGAGUUUUAACACAGUUAUUACUGAGAGAGUACAUUUGUUUUUUUUUUUCCUGAGACAGUUUUUUUUUAAAUAAAUAAAUCUGACUUGAGGUUGACCAAUAAUGGAUAUUUAAAGGCCGAUAUAAUAACAAUAGUUUAAAACAGGAAGAAGUUGAUUGAUGAUUAAUUGGCCAAUAUCACCUCAACACACCCACUUGUGAAACUCUUUUUUUUAUAAAGUCAAAGCAAUACAUAAAUAAAUCAAUUUGGAUCAGACUAUCAAACUUAAAGUAAUAAUAAGUUCCCAAAUAAAUAUAUAUAAAUCUGGAACUGAACAUCAAACUAACCUCAAAUAAUCUUGGUGGGAGUGAUCUUUAUUUUUUGAACUAUUAAUGUUUUCAGACACACUGAGGAAGGAAAAACAGCUGCAUGACAAAAUACAGUUUUUUUAUCGCCUCACCUAUUUGAAUAGAUCAAACUGAAAAUAGUGAAAAGGAGGCUUCCUUCAGUGUGUUUAUGCCGAGACCCACAAGCAUUACCAACACAACAGUUGCACUGCCUGAUAAACAGUAACUGGUAAAUAUUUGAUGUCUGCAAACACAAAACAAUCUACAGUUGGACCACUUUGGUUACACUCUGCAUCUUUAAACAUACACACACACAGUCGAUUGUUAACUCUCACUGCAGCCGCGACAAAUGAUGUGUAACAUUUUCAUAUUACUAUUUAAAGAUGGUUUAAGUAAGAUGUAAUUAACAUUGAAACGUUGAGGAAGAUAUGGAUGCUUUUUUUCUAUGUGGCUGUUUUGUAUUUUUUACCAAAACUUGAUGAUAAACAGAUCAUUUUGAAAACAGA